CGGCAAGCGCAGCGCGGCUCGGUUGGGGUCGCGCGGGCCCGGGGCUGUGUGUUCUUGUGUCGGGGGAGGCCAGUGCGAGCUUCGGACGCUGCGUCCAGGCCCCCACCCCACCCCCCCGCGCCCCGCGAGCCUCCAGCCAUGGCUUCUCUGCUCGCCAAAGAUGACUACCUGCAGAGCCUGGCCAGGAAAAUCUGCUCCCAGCCCAGCGCGGAGCCGCAGAAGCGCAAACCGGCUGGCAAAACUCAAGGGUCAGAAGCUGCUGGACCCCCCAAAAAGAAGAGGAAGAGAGCACAGAAGAAAUCCCGGGAGCGGGAGGAGAAGGCUGCAGAGCCCAAGGCCCAGGCCCUGGGGGAGAAGUCUCUGGCAGCUUCCAGGGCCAGGAAGCCAGGCACAGCCAAGGAGGAGAAGGCCUCCAUCUCCACAGGGGCCCCUACCGAUGGGCUGACUACAGAGCCUGACUCCUUCUUUGCCCUGGACGUCCUGCGGCAGCGACUGCACGAGAAGAUACAGGAGGCCCGGGGCCAGGGCAGCGCCAAGGAGCUGUCUCCUGCCACUUUGGAGAAGAGGCGGCGGCGGAAGCAGGAGCGGGACCGAAAGAAAAGGAAGCGUAAGGAGCUGAGAGCACAAGCGAAGGCGGCAAAGGCAGCUGAGGCCGCGGGGGCUGCCACGCCCCCCCCUGAGGCGCCCGUCGGAGAGGCGCAGGCUCAGCCAGCGCUGCUCUUCAAUAAGGUGGAAGUGAGCGCAGAGGAGCCGGCCAGCAAGGCCCAGCGCAGGAAGGAGAAGCGGCGGAAGCUGAAGGGGAACCUGACGCCGCUGACGGGGAAGAACUACCGGCAGCUGCUGGAGCGGCUGCAGGCGCGGCAGAGCCAGCUGGAGGAGCUGCGCGCGCAGGACGCGGGCAAGGCCCGUGAGCUGGAGACCAAGACGCAGUGGACCAACGUGCUGUACAAGGCCGAGGGCGUGAAGAUCCGCGACGACGAGCGCCUGCUGCGGGAGGCCCUGAAACGCAAGGAGAAGCGCCGGGCGCAGCGGCAGCGCCAGUGGGAGAAGCGCACGGCCCACGUGGUGGACAAGAUGCAGCGGCGGCAGGACCAGCGGCGCCAGAACCUGCGCAAGAAGAAAGUGGCCAAGGUCGAGCGGCGCCUGGAGAAGGCCCGCAAGAAGGGCCGCAUCCUGCCCCAGGACCUGGAGCGGGCCGGCCUGGCGUGACACCGCGGCUGGGCGCCCUUGCACCUGGGGCCGCGCCUCCAUCGAGGCUUGAGGAGCGCCUCGCGUCAUGUGACGUGGGAAGUCCCCAGUCUGUGCAGACUCCGGCUUCUCCAUGUAAAGUGCACGCUGUCACACUCAGGCUUAUUGAGAGGGCUCAGGUCAUGCGUACAAAAGAGAACAUUCUUGACAAUGGGGGCCCCGAUCUUUCAGACCCAGGGAAGGGGUGAAUGAGAGCUGGGCUCUAGCAUUCUCUUCAGAGGCUAGAAAGCUCCCCAGAAGUUUGCA